AUGGGUUGGAAUUUGGAUCACUCAGCAGUCGACAUUAGUUCGUUGCGGUAUACACACGCGUUUAGUUAUUUAAAUCGACGCGACAGAAAGGAAACAAACAUGGUAUCUAUCAAUGAGCCUGCGGUGCAAUCAUAUAUACUCUACUCAAGUAUUCUGGGAUUAAAAGUCCUUGCAAUGGCAAUAUUGACCGCUAGAGUACGGUAUAGGAAGAACGUGUUUGCCAACGAAGAGGAUGCCCGGAGAACUAAGGGGAUUGUGAAAUACGAUGAUCCAGACGUCGAAAGAGUUAGACGAGCUCACCUAAAUGAUCUGGAAAAUAUUCCCGUGUUUUUUGUAUUAGGUGCAUUGUAUUUAGCCACCGGCCCGUCGGCUGCAUGGGCAACUCUUUUGUUCAGACUGUAUACAGCUGGUCGUGUCUUGCACACAAUUGUAUACGCUGUGAAGCCCCUUCCACAACCAGCGCGUGGUAUCGCAUUUGGUAUUCCAUAUCUAAUCAACUGGUACAUGGGGGUCAAAAUUAUUUCACACUUUAUUAGCGCUCUG